UUUGCAUCAGUAGAACAGAAAGGAGUAGCCAAGGGAAUUCUGUAUAGCUGGCAGGGAUUUUGCGCCAGAAGCAAAGCAGGCUGGCUAGAUCUGUGGCGUGGAAUCAACUAUGGCCCUAACACUUAUACUCAGAUAUUAAGUAGUAUACUGCGCCGCUGUUCACUUUCCAUGUUCUGAAGCAAGGCAAACAGUUUACGUUGAUUCUAACAUAUACACCCCUUUUUGUUCUCCUGUUUCUCGUCCAACUUCAACUUUGUCAUAGAAACAUAGGCAUACAAUGGCUCUCACGCAUCUCGCUGCGCUGGCAGCUUUUGUUCAGCUUAGCACUGCUCUUCCAUGGCAAGCUACGGCGCCUGCUCCUACACAGGCGUCUUCAUGGUCCGACGAUGGCUGGUCUCCCGCGCCUACCAAUGCCCCUCAACAUCACCUAGAGGGCCGGGGUCAAAAUCUUGGAACACUGGGCUGGUGGCCUUACGAGUCCACCUUUAUCUCACGAACAUGCGACCCCGCAGAAAACCACGUUGUCUACAAUACUUUCUAUAAGAAUGUCAAAUGCUGCCCCGGCACACAGGGCUGUGGCAUCGUCACAGGCUGCGUCAAUAGCAGAGAGUCACCGAAUAGCCGCGUCAUGCACUGUUACAACGAUUAUACAUGUGUUCAACAUGUCUACCCCCAGAGCUUUACCGAAUGGGCGUGUAUCUCAGCACCAUACUAUACGGUGCUUAAUUUAGAAACGACCUACCCUGGAAUGGCGGCAGCCGAGUCGCUUGCCAUCUUUAGCGUAGAUGCUAGCGAGAAUCCGAUAGAGGCAGGCAAAACACAAGGUGGCUUUUCCGUGCAGUCUGUCUCGGAUUCCCCUCGUCCUUCUCCAGUGGGCGCUUCUAGCACACGAGCGGCUGUAGCCUCCUCUGCUGGUGCACCAUCAACAGGGUCUUCAGCUCCGGCUGACCAGCCAGGAGGCUCUUCUGAAGGAGCUUCAUCCAGUGGCUCGUCAUCAUCGUCGUCAUCUUCGGGCUCGUCUGUUCCCCUUGGACCUGUGAUUGGCGGCGCUGUGGGUGGUGCUGCCCUCAUUGCCAUUGCCGUCCUGUUAAUCUUUUGCGCAAGAAAGAGAGGCUGGUGUAGCAAAAAAUCCAGAAAGAACACUCUACCACCGAAGGUUGCUGCUGCCAGCCUAGGUCCAGCAAUGCAUGGCAGGUCGACACACUAUCAGCCGGUAUCAACCAGCGAGCACAGAUUCGUGGAAGCCAAGGUCGCCUCUCCUCCUCCUCGGCGCCCAGGCGCAGCGCCUCGACCAGCAGCCAAACCCACGCCCGCAGCCAGUGCUAAGCCUACAUCUCCACCAAGAUACGACAAGAAGGGUCUUUUGAUUGUCGAAAAGCCUGCGACGCAACGAUGAGACCCGACACAGGCCGAGCAUCCAGGUGGCCGCAGAGCGGGCAGAGCAGGGUACCGCGUUCUAUAGUAGCGUGGGGAUACUCAUGUAUUUAUAACUGGACUUGAGAUUUUUUGCAUAUAGAUUACUUGGCCACUAAAUUGGGAUAUUGUAUUUCUCUUUUACAACAUAGAAAAUGUUAAUUCGCCUGUCCUGGCAAACAACAUAUGAAAAACAGGAAAAGCAUUGUAGGGACUUUUAAAUACCCGACGGUUAGGUAUUUGCCCCGGAGUUGGCCGACGCAGUGUACGCUUGUUUGUUCAUUCUUUUUUUUUAAAAGAAAUG